AGUUGGCGCAAAAUGAACGCUUCGGUGAACGAAACCGAAUGGGAGCCGAGCGCCGAGUUGGCCACCACUCUCAUCCAGACGCUGGGCGCGCUCGUCGGCGUCUUCCUCUCACUGCUGACCAUCGUGGGCAACGUCCUCGUGAUGAUCGCCUUCAAGACGGACAAAACGCUGCAAACCAUCUCGAACUACUUCCUGCUGUCGCUCGCGCUCGCCGACUUCCUCAUCGGCUGCAUCUCCAUGCCACUCUCUCUGGUCUACAUUCUGGCCAAUUACUGGCCGUUCAGCGCGCUCCUCUGCGACGCGUGGCUCGCCAUCGAUUAUCUCAACUCCAACGCUUCCGUUCUCAACCUUCUGCUCAUCUCUUUCGACCGCUUCUUCUCCGUCACGCGCCCUCUCACCUAUAGAGCGCGCCGCACCACCAGACGCGCGUGCGCCAUGAUCGCGGGCGCGUGGCUCGUGUCCGCAUUAUUGUGGCCGCCCUGGAUCUUCGCGUGGCCGGCCAUUGAGGGCAGAAGGACGGUUCCCGCUGACCAGUGCUACAUCCCGUUCCUCGAGUCCAACAUCUGGGUCACGAUCUCCACCGCUCUCAUCGCCUUCUGGCUGCCCGUCACGCUCAUGUGCGUGCUCUACUGGCGGAUCUGGCGCGAGACGGAGCGUCGCUACAAGGACUUGACGGCUUUGGUGUUGGUUUCCCAUUCGCUGUCGUCGUCGCGCAACUCCUCUCAAGGUCACGCCGCGACCUCAGUCAGCUGUUGGCAGAAGUGCUGUCAGAAGACGGCGGCGUCCACGACGUCCAUCGCGAUGUCGGGCGAGACGCCGCCCACCAGCGACUCCAUCUACACCAUCGUCAUUCACCUGGAGUGCGCCAACAAUGAGCACGCGGCCACCACGCCGCCCACCAGCGACUCCAUCUACACCAUCGUCAUUCACCUGGAGUGCGCCAACAAUGAGCACGCGGCCACCGUCACCAUGCUCAACACCUGCGACGCGCCGCCCUCGCCGCCGCCACAGCGCAUGCGCGCCCCCAUCCAGCCCAAGAGCGAGCGCAAGGCCGCGAAGACGCUCUCUGCCAUCCUGCUCGCCUUCAUCGUCACGUGGACGCCGUACAACAUCCUCGGUAUGCAUAAUGAUCACGUGACCACUGUUGACUCCCUCUUUAUUUCAGUGUUCGUGAAGACGUUCUCGCCGACGGCGGUGGACAGCGACGGCCUCUGGUGGCAAUUCGCGUACUACUUGUGUUACAUCAACUCCACGCUCAACCCUCUCUGCUACGCGCUCUGCAACCAGAACUUCCGCAACACUUACAUCCGGAUCCUCACGUGUCGUCUCCGACAACAGCAGACGACGACACACACGACACACAGACAACAACACAGACGACACGAACAACAAGUGAGAAUCUCGGCGUUCUUGAACAACGCCUGGAACUCCUGUCUCGUGAGCCGCACGUACCCCUCGGGCGGCACGUGCUGUUUGGGCGCGAAGUACGCGUGGAACGUGUUCUCCUCCGUUUCGUUCCUUUUGUCCAUUUUUACGAAACAAUCAUUGACUCACUUCUGGUCGUCGCGCGCCUCCGCGUCGUCAGCAGUCUCGGCCACCUCGAGCUCCACCUCUGGUUUGGGCAGCAGUUUGGUGACCAAAGAGUUGACGUGUUGUCCGAAAGUCUCUUCUUUCACCGGUUUUUGUCUCCAAUUCGUGAUCACCACGUGCUCGGCGUCCGUCUCCACGGCGACCGGCACCGUCAGGAAGUGCUUGUCCAUCGCCUCGGAGGCCGCCGUCUGCAUGGGAUCCGCGCUCUGGCCUCUGAUUGGCCGCCAGCCGCCGAAGUCGAUGCUAACCAAUGAGAGAGUGUUAUUCGAAAAUUCAAAAAUUCAUUCCAUACUCAAUGGGGUUGUGGAAGGAAACCCUUUUGGUGACGAAGGGAACGCCGCGAGAGCGCGAGACGACAAUCGAGAGACAGAGCAGCAGAAUAGAAGACACGAUUUGGGAUUCGAAACCCGUUUUUCUGGUUUGAAUUCCGGCGCGCGAUUCGAAGCGACGGAUUCUGCGUUCCAUUGCCGCGAUUGCGCGCAUUGUUGUCACUCUCGGGACAAAAUGGCGGAAUUGGAGUCCAAUUUGGAGACGGUUUGCGAACACGAGCCCAAACUAGAGUCCAGAACAGUCGCCACGCGCGCUUAUGGCGACGUCCGCGUCCACGUCCAAGGCUCUCUGGACCAGAUGCAGUCGAAGGCCGUGUUCCUCACAGUGCACGACAUCGGCGCCAACCACAGUUCUUGGAAGGACUUCGUGGACAACGAGUCGAUGCUGGAGAUCAAGAACCGCUCUGUGUUCGUCCACUUGGACGUGUGCGGCGAGGAGGUGUUGGCGGACGUGUUGGACGCGCUGCACGUGCCGCUCGUGGUCGGCCUCGGCGAGGGCGCCGGCGCCAACAUCCUGGCCCGCUUCGCGCUGCGCCACCCGGAGCGCGUGCUCGGCCUCGUGCUCGUGCACCUGGUCAGCGCCGAAGUGGGCUUCCUGGACCAGUUGAAGGAUCGGCUCUUCUUCCGCCGCAACUCCCAGCAGAUGUCGCCACUCGACAUCGUCGCGCUGCACAAGAUCGGGAAGGAGCGUGACGAGACGUCGCGGCGCCUGAUGGACGCGUACGGGGCGCGCGUGCAGACCAUCAAUGCGCGCAAUCUCCGCAAAUACGUGACGGCGUACAUGGAGAGGAAGGAGAUCGCGGAUCUGCGCGAGCUGGACGUGCUGCUGGUCACUGGCGCGAAGUCGCCGUACUGCGCAGGCGUGGAGGCCAUUCACUCGAAAUGCAACAAAACCAAGACUUCGCUGUUGAAAGUGGACGAAUGCACUGACGUCAUCAGCGAAUUUCCCGACAAAUUGGCGCAAAGUCUGCUUCUGUUCGCCAAAGGAUUGGGAUUUCUCACUUCCUGUCCUUCGGCCGACGGCAAGUGGUCGCGACCCGAAGACUCUGGGCUCCAUCGGUCGCCGGCGCACUCUCUCGAUGGAGGAAUACGUUUCAACGACAACGAACUCGUGAUCAACAAUGAAGAGUUCGUUCGCCGAUCGAAACCCGAAUUCAAUGGCAGUUCUGUCGUUCGCGUCGUUCGAGGCGUCCAUUCGUCGUCUACUGUCGUCUCUUUCUCUCUGUGUUCUCCCAAACGCUCCGAUCGAUCGUCUCUACACUGCGUUCGGAGCGAAGAGCGCGCGCGUCAACUCUCCUCAGCAUCUCUUCAUCCCAACGCAUGCGCACAACACUCACAUCACUCUCGCACGCGCGAACGACGCCUGCGGUCAGCGUUGAGGUCGAGAUCGGACGCCGAGUGUCGUUGUGGUCGUCGUCUCGAGCGGUGUUGCGGUCGACGACAGGACGACGAGAACGGGUGGUGUCGUCGGUGUCGUCGGCGCGUCGUUUCUGUCGUCGUUUGCGUCGCUUUUGCGCAAAAAAAAUCUGGAUUUUCGCCAAAAAGUGAAACAAAAAUAGUUUUUUCAAUGUUUUCGCGAAACGAUUGCAAAACUCAGGAAAAUGGAGAGCAGAAGAGCGUGAAUGACAUCUCCAGUCGUUGUCUGCGUUUUCGCCAUUUUGGCGACGAAUGGCAACAGAUCUGCGAAACGCUUCUUUCCUGCGAACAGUUGUUGACAGUUAUGUCUGUGAAUGAAGACAACAAUUGCCAAACAAUUUGCGACACAAUCGACGACACAUCGCGACUACAGUUGCGACAAAUCAUUAGAUCCAUUGAACCCAAGAAAUACUCGAAAACAGCGCACAAGAGAUCCGCUUCCGGCCGAAGAUCUUCUUACCACAGACUCAAGGCUUUGACACAACUCCUCAUGACUUCCAAUCUGAAGCGCUCGACGUCUCUCCAGUCGUUACGUGUCGUCAAAUCUCCCGACGACUGUAUGGACGACACGACGGCAACGCUUCCACGACUCGGACGCCGUCCGCGAAUCACACGAUACUAUCACUCGUUGGACGUCUCGGACGACAACAAUGACGACACCAACGACGGCGACGACAGCCCACACAAGUCGGGCGACAGAAGCGGACUGUCGUUAGUGUUGUCGUCGUCGCCGUCGACACAACUGUUGCCAACGACAGCCAUCCAGAAGCAGUUGAAUCGCCACUCGUGUGACGUCACGAGUUUACUGCUGUCGCCGUCGUCGCAGUCGUCGUCUCAGAUGACAAACUCGUCGCCAAACGGCAGACAAAUACUUAAAUACUCGAAGAAACGGUUGAGAGGUCCUUAUGGAGAGAUGUUGGAGUCGAUGAUGAAUACGAAGAACAACAACGAAGAGAACGACACGAAACACAAUCUGUCGUUCAUUCAGGAGUUGUUGAGAGAAACCGAGAAACAGAGACAACAAUUGGACACCAAUGCGAAGGAGACGACGGGAACGGCUGUCGUGGACGCGACGCCCGAGACGACGACGACGUCAAUAAUGGCGACAAUCGGUCGUCAUUUGGACACCAGAACCCAUAUUGUGGGCGAACUCUACGACACGGAGAAGAGUUUUUGCGAACAAUUGCGAGAUUUGGUGGAAAAGUAUUCGAAACCUUUGACCGAAUUAUUGAUCAUUGAUUCGAUUUUCGUGGAAAUCAUUUUCGGCAAAAUCCCGGAAAUCCUUUUGAUCCACUCGAAGUUCUUGGAGGGGUUGCGGCACCGGAUGUGCUCGUGGUCGCCGCUGGAGACCACUGUCGGCGAUCUGUUCGCACUGUUCGACGAGAAGAGCGUUUCCUCCGCUUACCUCUCGUUUGUCGACAACUGGUUCGAAGCCAAACAUCUGGUGAAACAGUUGUCGCGCGACAAACCCCUCUUCCAGAAGUUCCUGACCGAACAGUCACGUGAACACCGCUCGAAGCUCUCAUUGGACGAACUCAUGAUUUCCGUCAUUCAAAGAAUUCCUCGUUUCGAGCUUUUGUUGAAACAGUUGCUGAAAAACACGGCGAAAGAGCACAAAGACUACGCGCUUCUCAACAAUGCCUUAAAGAAAAUCCAUUCGUUGGCGCUGUAUAUCAAUCGCGUGAAGAACGACGCGGACGUCAUCUCCCACUCGUCGUCGCUGUCGUCGACGACAACGACGGCGCAGUUGGACGUCAACCAGUCGUCGAUCACAAUCAGCCAAUUGGAGACCAUUUGCGACGGACUGCCGGCGGCGGCGCUCUUGGGCUCAACUCUUCACGAAAUAGCUUUCGUUUCGAUUCGAAAAAGAGAACGAAUUUUGCUUUUAUUCUCGAAUCUAUUGAUUAUUGUUUCGAUUAAAGGGAAGAAAAAAUCGCAAAAAUUCGAAGAAAACAAAUACAAA